AUGACUCCAAAUACCAAAAAGAAGGGGGAACCGUAUACCAUUGUGGAUGAGUGCCGCAUUGCGACAAGUAUGGCCUUGAAGAUUCUAUCCUCGCUUAUCCUAUCCUAGAGUCUGGCAGGCUUUGCCUUUGUUCUUCUCGUCAAAGUAAGAAUUAUACUUCUUAUUGUCUUUUACUUUUCUUCUACUUCCUAUGACUGUUGCUUUUAUUAUCAAAACGCACUAUAACUAAUUAGCACAGGAUCGAAGAAGUGUCGAAAUCUAUACCUAGAGCUAGAAUUUUUGACACCCACCCGUUUGUCUUCUAACGUCGAAACCAACGACAAAGGCAAGCCAACGGAAUACAGGGGACUAGAGGAUUCGUCGGGAAACCUCGCGGCUCCAAUGGAGAUCGAUGUUAGGACUAGUCAGUCACUAUCUCGUGUGAGGCGUUGUACUCUUGUGAGUGAGUGAGCGAGUCUUCCUUAUUGAAAUCCCCUUGAUUUUUUAACGGGGAAGCUAUGAACUAAAGGAAAGAGAACGAGAAAGAGUCUAACUCACUCUUCAACCACGGAUAGUGAUCGCCUAGCGCUAACAGCGGAUGGCUCAGAGUGAAGAAGACUGAAGGAAAGAGCAAAGCCCUCACCCUUGUAUGGAUGAUGUUUACUCCAUCCCCACGAACAUCGUUGCUGCCGCUUGCUUCCCUUUGAAAGUGUAUAGCUAAAGGGGGACCUCGAUGGUCUGGCUAGAUGGAAAAAACAUCAUCCAUACCUCGACUUUGGUAGAGUUUUCUUGGCCAGACGUCGCAGUUACGAGUAAGAAUUCGCUAUAAAAAAAACAUUUCGUUUCUGUUACGUGAAUUUUUGAUUCAGCACUCAUUGAUUCAUCAUAUUGGACUUUGAGGUAUUUUUUCAAAUGAGUCGAGUUUCAAGCUUUAAACUACCAGUGCGGGAGAACGCGGAAAAGCGAUUGGUUGCUUGCGUCCGC